AUGGUGUCUCGUAGACUUCUCUCCUGGAGACAAUUACUCCUUAUAUUACACACUCUGUACGGGAUUUCGGUUGCACUUGAACGUCCUACUGGGCUUGAACGGGCGUCCAGCAGGAAUUUGACAUACACGUUAAAACUAGAAGGUGACGAUAUUAUCGGACCUUUUGCACAUAAGGAGUCUGGGUUGCUGCCUAACACGGUAGAUUUGGUCAAUACUCGUGCGGAGUCUGAACGCUGGCGAUCUGCAACCGACGCAUCCGAAACUGUGAAUCUUCCCUCGUCGGUGGAGGCCUCUGGUUCGACCACGUCCGCUGCUGAUCAACCUAAAACGAAGGAAGGUGUAUCGUCAGAGGGAAUUGUACCGACAAGCAUGUCAUCCUCUAAGCCUGGGCGCUCGUCGCAGAAAGGUUCCGGCAAUGAUGGAUGUAUGAGUGCAAUGGAUGCGGUUUCCUUUGUGAAUAAGGUCAAGAAUCGGUUCGCGGAACACCCAGAGCUUUUUAGCGAGUUUCUUCUGAUCUUGCAGGCGUACCAGCGGGAGUCGCGGCCUUUGCGGAAGGUGUAUGAGCAGGUGGAGGAGCUUUUUGACGCGGAGCCAGAUCUGAUGAAAGAUUUCAAAAAGUUCCUGCCCGAGGCCACGGCUUAUAAGCGAUGA